GGGAAAUUAAAUAUUUUUUUGCAAACCAGUAAUUAUAGUCUGCAAAUUAUGUGUUGUUGAGUGUCGGUGCUGUCUAGAGCUCGGCAGAGUAACCGUGUAAUACUCUUCCAUAUCAGUAGGGGGCAGCAGGUAGCUAAUUGCUUUGUAGAUGUCGAAAACAGCGGGAGGCAGCGUGCAGGUAAUUAGGUAUCUAAUGCUUAAACCAAACAUAAAGAAAAGGUGAGUGACCCUAAGAAAAGGCAUUGAAGCUUAGGGAAGGCUAUGCAGAAGGAAACUAAAACUGUACUGGCUACAAAGUAAGCAAAAACAGAAUGCUGGACGACCGCCAAGACUUACUGUGGAGCAAAGAUGGCGUCCACAAUGCACAUUCGAACAUGACAUGACAAUCAACAAUGUCCCCACAAAGAAGGAUAAAAACAAUGGAAAUAUUCUUGAUUGCUAAAACAAAGUAGAUACGGGAAAUAUCGCUCAAAGGAAGACAUGAAACUGCAACAGGAAAAUACCAAAAAAGAAAAAGCCACCAAAAUAGGAGCGCAAGACAAGAACUAAAACACUACACACAGGAAAACAGCAAAAAAGUCCAAAUAAGUCAGGGUGUGAUGUGACAGGUGGUGACAGUGCACCUACUUGGAGACAAGAGCUAUAUUGAUGCAUGAUUGGUUAUGCUUUAAAGGCCUACUGAAACCCACUACUACCGACCACGCAGUCUGAUAGUUUACAUAUCAAUGAUGAAAUCUUAACAUUGCAACACAUGCCAAUACGGCCGGGUUAACUUAUAAAGUGCAAUUUUAAAUUCCCCGCUAAACUUCCGGUUGAAAACAUCUAUGUAUGAUGACGUAUGCGCGUGACAUCACGGAGUGAACGGAAGUAUUGGCACACCAUUGUGUCCCAAUACAAACAGCUCUGCUUUCAUAAAAAAAUUCCAAAUCUUUUGCAAUUUGUUCAAUUAACAAUGGCGACUGCAAAGAAGAAAGUUGUAGGUGGGAUCUGUGUAUUAGCGGCGGACUACAGCAACACAACCAGGAGGACUUUGAGAUGGAUAGCAGACGCGCUACCGUGAGUACAGCUUUGGCUUCCAAACAUUUGAUCGCUUGCCCGUACGAGCGUGGCGCUAUGUGCACGUCACGUACGUAACUUUGGGGAAAUAUAUGUUUCUUGCCGACUCUGAUGGCGGCCGGGGUGUCGUCGAAAGCUACAACGCCCGCCGCCGCACCGCUGUCCUCACCUUGACUUCCUCCGUCUCCGGGCCGGCGACCCCAUCAAUGAUCGGGUGAAGUCCUUCGUCGCGCUGUCGAUCUCUGGAAUGCAGACGUCACCAUGCAGGAGGAAAGUGUCCCAGCAGGUGAGCAGCAGUGCGCCAAGUGUGGAUCCAAACUCAGCCUACCUCCGACGGACGUACCUGGCAGCCCCUCCAGGUGUCCGUCCUGCCCAGACGACGCCGUCGUCGUUGUCAACGGUGAGCCGGCGCAGAAGAGCGCCCCCUCGGACCCUCUCGACUGCUCUGUGUGCGGCAAAACCUUCAUCUCUUCGGCCAACCUGACCAGUCACCUGGCCUCCCACAACAAGGAGAAGAGGUUCAGGUGCAACACCUGUGGGAAGUUCUUCUACCAGCCCUCCCACCUCCUGGCUCACGAGGCCAUCCACCGAGGCGACAGGCCCUUUAAAUGCCCGGAGUGCGGCAAGACGUUCGGCCGAGCGUCGCACCUGAAGACGCAUCAGCGGCUUCACACGGGCGAGAAGCCCUUCAAGUGUUCCUUCUGCAACAAGGCCUUCGCGCAGAAGGCGGGGCUGCUCUCGCACAUCCGCAUUCACACGGGCGAGCAGGUCUUCAAGUGCGACGUGUGCGGCGACACUUUCACCUCUCUGCCAUUGAUGCUCUCACACAAGAACGAGGAGGCCGCUCGGCUGGGGAGAGCACCGCCUGCACUGCCCGCGCCCGCGCCCGCUCGGGCCGCCGUCGCCGCCACCGCCGACGACAUCAAGUGCGGCCUCUGCUGCCGCACCUUCAUACACUCCUCCUACAUCCGACUGCGCGUACAUCUGCAGAAGGGGCUGCGGCCAUACCACUGCAAAGUGUGCAACAAGACCUUCGUCAAGAUGGAUACUUUCAUCAGCCACUGCGAGAAACACCUGAAGCAGAAAGGGGAGAAAAGCGAUGAAGAGAGCGUGGUCAAACCUCCCAUUUUCAUCCCUCUGUCCAAGCCGCCACCGCCGUCGUCGUCGGACGUUGCUCAGCCGUUGCCCUCCUCUGACGUCGCCACUCACUUCAAGGCCAAAUCCAAAAGCUAAGCAUGAUCAAGUAUGUCAAGCACACACAGCAUUUUUUGGGAUGUUUUAGUUAAAGCCCAAACAUUCGUACACAGCGUAGUCUGCAGAGUACUCUGCUACGCACACACCUAUUUCUCACAUCCACGCGACAUUGAUCCGCAUUUUGCCACCCUGGCAAAUCAUAGAAUUAAAAUCAGACUUUUUGAUUGCACAAACAUUCAAACAAAUCUUUGACACUAGCCUGGUGCGGCUAAUGACUGUGUUAGCUUUUUUAGUUCUUCAUUUCAACUCUGCAGAGACGACUGCCAAGAUAUCUCCAUGACGUCAUCCUAUAAUUUGCUGUGAUAUCAUUUUCUUUAAGAUAGAUAGUAGAUAGUACUUUAUUGAUUCCUUCCGGAGAGUUCCCUGAGGAAAAUUUUAAUUCCAGCGGCAGUGUACAGAAUUGAGAUCGAAUUUAAAAAGUAAAUAAUGGGGGUAUAAAUGGAAAUAAAAUAGAAAAUAUUGCAAUAAGAAUAAAAAUAAAAAGCAACAGUAAGAAUAAAAACAACAGUAAAAUAAGAAUAUAACAAGAGAAACAAGGCAGUAGUGACCAUGUUAUGAAAAAGUAUUGCACUGAUAUUGAUUUGCAUCCCCUGUCAUCCUAGCACCCCCCUCCCCCUAAAACGGCUCAUAUAUACAUACAUACAUUUAAAAACACAUCUGUUAUUAAUAAGUAUUAACAUAUUGUAUAUCAUUUUCCAUCCAUCCAUUUUCUACCGCUUGUCCCUUUUGGGGUCGCGGGGGGUGCUGAAGCAUAUCUUCAUUUUUCUCUGUUUUAAAUUGUUGCUGCUUAUUGUACAAUGUACUUUGUUGAGAAUUUUUCACGUGUCUCGAGACUUUUAGUGACUUUUUCCUAAUGAUAAACAACCAGCAAACAAAUCUAGCAUCUUUUUCCGGUGUUAUUUUAGACUGUACUUUUGUCCCUCGAUGUCCCCGACGAAAAGGGAGCCACAGCAAGCGUGACGUCACACUUUGCGCUGCUGCUCCAGUUGGACUUUCUUUCCUUAAAAGCCGCCCCUGUCCUCUUAAUAUUUGCACAUUUUGUAGAUCACUGUCGGUAGGUAUAUUUUGGAUAUAUUACGUAAAAACGUUACGUUCACAUCGCAUAUAUGCUGACGACACUCCAGACAUUUGCUUGCGUCUUGUUUACAUCAUCCGAUUUUCUGCAGCUGUUUUCGGUGAUCAGAGUCCUUUUUUUUCGGCGGCCACAUUUUUGGUGCAUCACUAGUCUUUAGUGUGCAAAUAAUAGGCUAUAUGUAUCCAUUCAUACUGUAACGCCCUGCUGGUGGAAAUGUUUUAUAUUAGUGUGGUUUCGAUUUAAUGUUCAUUGUUCCUGUGAUCGCAAACACGCCGUCCGUGCCUGUAAGGGGAUUGGCAGAGAAUAAGAGAAGCACAGAGAUGAAAGUGUGUGUAUCAAGCUGGUUGUUGGUAUAAGAUUGGCAAUAAUAGUUAAAAGUAGCGUCUAACUUUUGACUUCUUCUUACAGUACUUUAGUUGUUUUUACAUUAAAAAAAGAUUUGCCUUGGCGGUGCGCCACAAUCAGUUACUGUAAGGGAAACACUGCUGCAUACUGUACGGGGUCAUGGCUGUAGUGGCCCCGUAUAGAAUAUGUACGGUACAGUACAGUAUAUACUUAAGGUGUUAUUAGCGCCCGUUUCAAACUGUCAGAACUAUUCUCGAGGAAGCGACCCGUGCCAGCUGUGAAACCAUAUUGCUUUGUAUAAACAUUUCAAACAUGAAAGUAUUGUUUCUCUUUCAUGUCAUCCUGAGAGGUCCCUCAGUCACACAUUUCACAUUAAUAAAAAGGUUUGCUUACAAAAACUGCUUUAAAAACACAAGUAUUUUUCUCCAUUUCUUAUGCCUCAAAUAUACAUUUAUAUUUAGUUUUUUACUCUUUUAAAGGUCAGCAUUUUUAUGCCAUUGUUUCUGUUAAUUAAAAAUAAUUUCCAUGAAAUAUAUUUAAUGAAUAAUUUCUUAUUAUUAGUAGGCCAUGGGAUGGGUCAUUGAUUGGCAGCAACGUUGAUUUGCUCGCAUAUUUAAUCUUCUGUAAAAGAAUUAAACUCACAUUCAAGGUCCCAAAAUAUCAGCAUAACUGUUGUAAAGAUUGUACAGUAUGUGAAUAUUGUUGUCACUACUUUCAACAAGUCAAUCUUUCUGUUCUGAAUUUGACAUAGUAAAUGAAUAAAAUAUUGUAUUAUUAAAUCCAACAGCACUGUUCCAAACAUGAUUUUAGCCUGCUGUUUGUUUAUUUUGCACAGCUGAGUGAGUUUUUGAGAGCUGAUUGUUUUAAGAAGGUCUCAAUAUGCUUUUUUUCUGUCAUUUCCAGCUAAAAGACAAAAAUGACUUUUAAAAUAAGAGUAAGCUCAAUAUAUUUUGUAAGUCAUGUUUAAUUUUGCCCAAAGUAUAUACACUGCAUAAUAUACAAUAACUAUUAUUAUAGAAUAUAAAUACAUCUUUGUGAAGGUUGAUAUGAUUGUGAAGGUUGAUAUGAUUGUGUCCAGUACUCACCAGUAUUGUGUAAAUAUUGUCCAGAUGUACCUAUGAAAGACUUCUGAAACAAAAUAAACUUAAAUGCAAUUGAAUUCUGUGUAUUGCCCCCUUUUUUAACCUUUUAAAGGCCAGUACUUCUGCUGCACGUCUGUCUCAAAGGGUGAGUAGCUUCAUUUUAUUUUGUUACUUGGUUUAUAUACUGUACACUGUAUCUUCAUUUUCACUGUAAGCUCUGCUUCUUCCUACUCCUUUUCGAACAUGUUGAAAAGAGAAACUGGAAAUUGUGAUGUAUCAUGUUGUAUG